AUGAAUUUUGCUGCGUCGUCUCCAGCCACAGAAGACCUCCCAUUAUCCAAGUCCAAGAAACUUGUCUUCUCGGCCACAUCAUGGGGUGUUAUCAAACCAGACAUUAUAAAUGAACCGCUGGAUUUGACAAACAAAGAGCGAGUUUUGCCCAAGGACGGCCGACGUGUCAACCGACGCAGAACACUCCGAUAA